AUGGAGGUGAUUUCAUGUGGAAGAGGACUAUUCCUUUCUGUAAUUUUCUUCCUGUUAAAAUUAACCACAGCAGUUGAAAUACCACUAUCAGUUCAACAGGUUCCAACAAUCACAAAACAGUCAAGAGAACAAGUCGCCUUUCCCUUUGACGAGUAUUUUCAAAUUGAAUGUGAAGCUAAAGGAAAUCCAGAACCAACAUUUAGAUGGACUAAAGAUGACAAGCCUUUCCAUCUUUCUGAUCCCCGGAUAAUUGUGUCUAACGGCUCAGGCACAUUCAAGAUCCCAAAUGAGGGACACGUAUCUCACUUUCAAGGCAAAUACCGCUGCUUUGCUUCUAACACCCUAGGAGUUGCCAUGUCAGAGGAAAUCGAUUUUAUAGUCCCAAGUGUUCCGAAAUUCCCCAAAGAAAAAAUCGAUCCCUUGGAAGUGGAAGAAGGUGACCCCAUUGUCCUUCGUUGCAAUCCGCCCAAAGGCUUACCCCCGCUGCACGUUUACUGGAUGAAUAUUGAAUUAGAACACAUUGAGCAAGAUGAACGAGUCUACAUGAGCCAAGAUGGGGAUCUGUACUUCGCCAAUGUGGAAGAAAAAGACAGUCGGAAUGACUAUUGUUGCUUUGCUGCAUUUCCAAGAUUGAGGACGAUCGUACAAAAGAUGCCAAUGAAAUUAACAGUGAACAGUUUAAAGCAUGCUAAUGAGUCAAGUUCAUCCACAGAAAUUAAUUCCAAGGCCAAUUCAAUCAAGCAGAGGAAGCCUAGACUGCUGCUGCCUCCUCCUGAGAGAGGCGACUCGUCUUCUAUGACCAUCCUCAAAGGAGACACGCUGUUGCUGGAGUGCUUCGCGGAGGGCCUACCAACUCCACAGAUCGAGUGGAAUAAAUUGGAUGGGGAUUUACCAAAGGAAAGAGAAACAAAAGAAAACUAUGGCAAGACUUUGAAGAUAGAAAAUGUGUCCUUCCAAGACAAAGGACUUUAUCGCUGCAUAGCCAACAAUUUCUUAGGAAUGGCGAGUCAUGUUUUCAAUGUCACAGUAGAAGAGCCUCCCUACUGGACCAAGAAGCCUGAGAGCUGUGUGUUCAGCACAGGCAGCAGUGGGAUCUUGUUAUGUGAGGCUGGAGGGUAUCCUCAACCCACCAUCACGUGGAGAGUCAAUGGCGCCCCGGCUGAGCACCAUCCAUUUGCUGGUGAUGUUGUCCUCCCCAACGAAGUCAGUUUUACCAACCUCCACCCAAAUCACACUGCCGUGUACCAGUGUGAGGCCUCCAACGUGCACGGAACCAUCCUCACCAACGUCAACAUUGAUGUUGUGGAUGUCCUCCCACUGAUCAAAACGAAAGAUGAAGAGAACUACGCCACCGUGGCUGGGUACAGUGCCUUCUUACAUUGCGAGUUCUUCGCUUCACCUGAAGCAGUUGUGACCUGGCAGACCGUGGACGCAGCUAAACCUCUGGAAGGCCGCCGGUACCAUGUGUAUGAAAAUGGCACCUUGCAGAUACGGAAGGCCACGGAAGAAGAUGCGGGGUCUUACUCUUGUUGGGUAGAAAACGCUAUUGGAAAAACUGCAGUCACAGCCAAUCUGGAUAUUAGAAAUGCUACAAAACUCACCAUUUCCCCUAAGAAUCCUCGAGUCCACAAAUCUCACAUGCUUGAAUUGUAUUGCGAGAGCAACUGUGACUCACAUUUGAAGCGCAGUUUGAAGCUGUCCUGGAGCAAAGAUGGAGAAGGCUUUGAAAUCAAUGGCACCGAAGAUGGCAGGAUAGUGAUUGAUGGUGCUAACUUGACCAUAUCUAAUGUGACUUUGGACGACCAAGGCCUUUACUCUUGUACUGCGCAGACUGCUCUGGAUAGUGCCAUUGAGGUAACUCAAGUCACCGUCCUUGAUGUUCCGGAUCCCCCAACGAAUCUCCACUUGUCAGAGAGACAGAACAGGAGCGUCCGGCUCUCAUGGGAAGCUGGAGAUGACCGCAAUAGCAAUAUUAGUGAGUACAUUGUAGAAUUCGAAGGAAACAGAGAGGAACCCGGAAGAUGGGAGGAACUGACAAGGGUCGGAGCAGAGGAAACCACGGUUGUGUUACCAUUGGCUCCAUACGUGAGAUAUCAGUUCAGGGUCUUGGCUGUGAAUGAAGUAGGGAGGAGUCAGCCCAGCCAGCCUUCAGAACAGCAUGAAACCCCGCCAGCAGCUCCAGAUAAGAAUCCCCAAAACAUAAGAGUUCAAGCUUCCCAACCCAAGGAGAUGAUUAUAAAAUGGCAGCCUUUGAAAUCCAUGGAGCAGAAUGGGCCAGGACUGGAGUACAAAGUUAGUUGGAAACCCCAAGGAGCCCCCGAAGAGUGGGAAGAAGAGACGGUUACAAACCAUACGUUGCGGGUGAUGACACCGACCGUGUAUGCUCCCUACGAUGUCCAAGUCCAAGCCAUCAACCAGCUGGGGUCUGGGCCAGAGCCUCAGACAGUGACUCUCUAUUCUGGAGAAGACUAUCCUGACACAGCUCCAGUGAUCCAUAGUGUGGACAUCAUAAAUAGCACCUUAGUCAAAGUGGAGUGGUCAACAAUUCCAAAGGACAGAGUGCACGGACAUCUGAAAGGAUACCAGGUCAAUUGGUGGAAAACCAGAAAUCUAUUGGAUGGAAGGACACAUCCCAAAGAAGUGAACAUUCUGAGAUUUUCAGGACAAAGGAAUUAUGGAAUGGUUCCUUCCCUCGAUGCUUUUAGUGAAUUUCACUUAACAGUCUUAGCCUUUAACUCCAAAGGACCUGGUCCAGAAAGUGAGCCUUACACAUUCCAAACACCAGAAGGAGUACCUGAACAGCCAUCUUUUCUCAAGGUCAUUAAAGUUGAUAAAGACACUGUCACCUUAUUCUGGGGAUUACCUAAGAAGCUAAAUGGAAAUCUAACUGGCUACCUAUUACAGUAUCAGAUUAUAAAUGACACCUAUGACAUUGGAGAGUUGAAUGAGAUCAACAUUACCGGCCCAUCAAAAGCCAGCUGGCAUCUGUCAAACCUUAGCGCAGCCACCAAGUACAAGUUCUACCUGAGAGCUUGCACUUCUAAGGGCUGUGGAAAGCCAGUCACAGAGGAGAGCGCAACCUUAGGAGAAGGGAGUAAAGGUAUCAGGAAGAUAUCAGAAGGAGUAAAUCCUACUCAAAAGAUUCACCCAAUAGAGGUACUUGAGCCUGGAGCAGAACAUAUAGUUCGCCUAAUGACUAAGAAUUGGGGUGAUAACGAUAGCAUUUUCCAAGAUGUAAUUGAGACAAGAGGGAGAGAAUAUGCUGGGUUGUACGAAGACAUCUCUACUCAAGGCUGGUUUAUUGGACUGAUGUGUGCGAUUGCUCUUCUCACACUAAUAUUGUUAACUGUUUGUUUUGUGAAGAGGAACCGAGGUGGAAAAUACUCAGUGAAAGAAAAGGAGGAUUUGCACCCAGAUCCAGAAAUUCAGUCAGCAAAAGAUGAAACUUUUGGUGAAUACAGUGACAGUGACGAGAAGCCUUUGAAAGGAAGCCUCCGGUCCCUCACUAGAGACAUGCAGGCCACAGGAAGUGCUGACAGUUUGGUGGAGUAUGGAGAGGGCGAUCACGGUCUGUUCAAUGAAGAUGGAUCCUUCAUUGGUGCUUAUGCUACAUCGAAGGAGAAAGGAUCUGUCGAAAGCAAUGGAAGUUCCACCGCUACGUUUCCACUCCGGGCAUAAACACAACACACACACACACACACACACACACACACACACACACACGCACUCCAUUCUGGCUCACCCCAAACCUUCCAUGUUUAUCUGGUCAUGGAAGCAAGAACUUUUAUGUAGGAGUAGAAAGAUGUGGGUAGAUUGCAUCUUGAAUGCAAAACCUGCAACUGUGUUAAGAAAUGUAGCACUGCCCUCAAACAAACAAAAAUCAAAUGUAAACACUCUGGGCCUAGGUUUUCUUUUUAUCUCCAUUUUCAGGUGCUCAAAAUGCAGAACACAAAAUAAAUCCUGUACUUAGAUUCACUUCAACUGAACCCAAAGUGACCAUUCAAUGUUCUCCCAAUCUGCCUGAAUGUCCCUUUCAGUGUGUUUGCCUAGAUGUUGAUAUUUUGUGAGUUUAUCUGUGUGCACAUUUGAAUUCAGUUUCCAUGAACUGUCUCAGUGGAUUUGCUUCACCACAGGUUAAAGGAUCAAAAAAUACACUGGUUAUUUAAAAUGUAAAAAGGAAUAUGAAUAUCUUAUUAAAACCACUCGUUGAAUAUAUAGAGUCUAAAUUUAUUAUGUAAAAUUUUGAAAGUAAAAUCUUAGGUGAAGAGUUGAUUAGUAUUUAUUGAGCUCCUAUUUCUCCAGAGAUGGUCGGAUUUCCAAUGAGUUACCAAUUCCAACCUGAGAUCAUUUUCAUUAAUAGUAUUUGAUCAGUUCUGACAUUCACAGGCAUCUAUGUAUUGUGUUUUGUAUCUGGACUAACCUAAGCUACAAAGGGAGCAGCGGUGAAAAAUUUAUUUUAUG